ACACCAGGAAGUGUGGUGCCGCGGCGGCUCCUGGAAGUGUUGCUGUCCACCCGGUGGAGAUAGGAGGUUGAAACAGGUGUUAAUGUCUCGUGUUUGCGGAAGCCCAGCGGAGCGUCACCCGUCCGAAAGUGUCGGAGGGUGCAAGUGUUUGGUCAUGUUUUUGAAUGUCGCGAUCUGUCGAAAACCGUAGGGGAAAGCGCACUAGGAAUGCAUCCAGGGGGUCUGACUCCCUGAAGGCUUUUAAGAAGUUUUCUGUUGCUGCCCAUCACCCUCGAUUCCCCUUCUCUCCAGGGAUGUGCAGAUGGAGACCGGAGGAGAUAAUGCUGUCCCAGCCCCCGGGGGCGUGGAGGACUUGGUGGACACGCAGUUCCCCAGAGAGGAGGCUGGAGACAGUGAAGAGGUUCACUCAAGCACGCUGGAUCCCGGAGAUGGGGAACCGGAGGACACAGGAUCCAAGACCAAGGACCAGCCAUCCAGCCUCCUAUCACCUUUGCCUCAGGCUGAGGCCCCAUCAAGCACUUGUGAGCACUGGAAAACGGCAGCUUCAGACAGCAGUCCCACUGGAGAACCUCAGAGGAGCUCUGAGGGUCAGGGAGAAGACCCCAGUGAUGGAGACCCCAAUGAUGGGGACCCCAGUGAUGGGGAUCCCAAUGAUGGGGACCCCAAUGAUGGGGACCCCAGUGAUGGGGAUCCCAAUGAUGGGGACCCCAGUGACGAGGACUGGCGCAGCCAACGGAAGCACGUGUUCGUGCUGAGUGAGGCGGGCAAGCCCAUCUACUCACGGUAUGGUAGUGUGGAGGCACUGUCGGCCACCAUGGGUGUGAUGACAGCCCUGGUGUCCUUCGUGCAGAGUGCAGGAGAUGCCAUCCGUGCCAUCUAUGCUGAGGACCACAAGCUGGUGUUCCUGCAGCAGGGACCUCUCCUGCUGGUGGCUGUUUCCCGGACUCCACAGUCUGCAGCACAACUACGAGGUGAGCUGCUUGCAGUACACGCACAAAUUGUGAGCACACUAACGCGUGCAAGCGUGGCCCGCAUCUUCGCACAUAAGCAGAACUAUGACCUACGUCGCCUGCUGGCUGGCUCAGAGCGUACACUGGACCGGCUCCUGGACAGUGUGGAGCAAGACCCAGGCGCCCUGCUCCUGGGUGCCGUGCGCUGUGUGCCUCUGGCCCGUCCACUGCGGGAUGCCCUGGGCACACUACUGCGGCGCUGUACAGCCCCAGGCCUGGCCUUGUCAGUGCUGGCUGUUGGCGGUCGACUGAUAACGGCAGCCCAAGAGAGGAAUGUGCUGGCCGAGUGCCGGCUGGACCCAGCGGAUCUACAGUUGCUGCUUGACUGGGUGGGUGCACCAGCCUUCGCGGCAGGGGAGGCCUGGGCACCUGUGUGCCUGCCUCGCUUUAACCCAGACGGUUUCUUCUAUGCCUAUGUGGCUCGCCUGGAUUCCAUGCCCGUCUGCCUGCUGCUGCUUGGUACCAACCGUGAAGCCUUCCAUGCCAUGGCCGCCUGCCGGCGCUUAGUAGAAGAUGGGAUGCACAACCUUGGUGCCCUGCGCACUCUUGGGGAGGCUGCCAGCUUCUCCAAUGGCCCGGCAGCCAAUGCCCCUGCCUACAGUGUGCAGGCUGUGGGAGCACCUGGCCUCCGACAUUUUCUCUAUAAGCCACUGGACAUCCCUGAACAGCACCGGCAGCUGCCACAGUUUACCAGUCCUGAGCUAGAGGCCCCAUACAGCAGAGAGGAGGAGCGACAGCGACUGUCCGACCUGUAUCACCGCCUGCAUGCUCGCCUCCAUAGCACCUCCCGGCCCCUGCGCCUCAUUUACCACGUGGCUGAGAAGGAGACGCUGCUGGCUUGGGUCACCUCCAAGUUUGAGCUCUACACUUGCCUCAGCCCCCUGGUAACCAAGGCUGCUGCCAUCUUAGUAGUGACGAAGCUCUUGCGCUGGGUAAGGAAGGAAGAGGACCGGCUUUUCAUCCGUUACCCACCCAAAUACUCCACACCCCCUUCCACCUCCUCGGACCAGGCCCCCAACAAUGGCCUGUUCACAGGACUCUGAAUGACUGCGGGAGUGACCACAUUUGGCUUCUACAUUCUGUGUCUACUCUGGAAAUGUGGGUAGAGGCCUGUGUGGGGCUGGUCCCCAUCUCCCUGGGCAGGUUGGCAAGAUGUCAGGGUUUGCCCACAAAUGGGAGAAGGGUAACAGCAGCCAGGGGCACAGGUUGCUUUUUGAACCCCCUCGUGCACCUCCACAUCUAGGAAAGCGGGACUCUUCCUCUGCCCUCUGCCUCACCUCCCUAACUAGCCUGAAUGCCUGUCACCAGCUGUCUCCGCCAGGCCUCUCUGAGCAGCACAAGUUGCUACCACAUCCAUCUUCCAAACAGACCUGAGGCUGGGCUGAGGCUGUCCUCAGGGUAGAGGUGGGUAACCCACAAGGGCUCUAGAAUUUGGAAUGCAGGCCUAGCCUGUGCUUGAAACCAGCCUAUGGGUGUUUAAAAACAUACAAAACAAAACAAAACAAAAACUGUACAGAAAGGGCCUAAAGCUGAAUCCCUCAAGACAUCCCUCUGUCCUUCAUGCCCCCCCCCCCAUCAUUUUUCCUUCCCCUACUUUAAAGCAAACAAAAAACCUCCAAACAGAUCCAAGCCCCACCAUGUUGGACUGUUUCUUACUCGCAUAAGAAGGUGGCAUCCCGCACCCAACUGUGUAAAACACCGCCUGACUUGUCCAUGGGCCAGGAUGCAGCUUUGUGAAGAUGCUCUUAGCCGCUAAAGCGAUUACUCACGAAAGGAUUUAACUUUCUUCUAAACCUUUUAGUGGACAUCUAUAAAGGGACAGGGGUUGGGAAUGCAUUGUGCUGCUGCCCAGCACGAACACGUUUGUCAGGAUAUUGGCCGCUUGCAGUAACGACCUAAAGAAGAGCCCUUGAAGAGCUCGUGCUCACAACCCACCUCAACUGCUCACUACCUAUUCCAGCCUGUUUUAGAGACAGAGCCGUGUGGUUGCGCGCGCAUGCGUGAAAACGCAACCUAGCGUUUGCUCCAAGCAGAUCCCUGUGUCACCCUAACCCCUGGUUUCCUACAAUGUCUGCAGUGGCGCGCGCUGCCGUUCCCUGCUGUUUCUUUUCCGAGGCACAUGCGCACAUACCUCACGCUGGGAAAUGGCUGCGGAACUGGAGCCUUUGAAGGCGGAGUGGCUGGGAGCUGAGAAAGCUGAAGACACCGGAGGUAGUGAGGGCGGACAGGGUAGAUGGGACAGAGGCUUCGGCUCAUGAUAAUAAUUGAGAAUUUUUUAGAAAAAAAAGUUUUUAGCCUAUUGAAACUUGUAACUUCCACAAAGUGGAAAUAAAGAACAUGCGUGUUCUCAUCACCUAA